AUGCUGUGUGGGGUCCAAGUUGGGGUCGGACGCGAUGCUGAUGGAUUCAAAUCACCAGAGACAUCAUAUACAAUUCGCUAUCCCGAGUUUUCGACGGACUAUGAGCGAUGGUCGGUGCGGCAGACCGGUGUCUACCACCAGUACGACAUGAUAACACACCAGGGAACCUGGGUGCUGUUCAACCCCACUCCCAAAUCUCAGGCACACUGCAAGAUAGCGGAAAUGAUGCGGGGACAACAGAAGGAAGCUCUUGGGGAUCCCUUCUGGCUUCACAGUGUGUUGUUCUCAACUUAUCUUCCUGCGUGGAGGAUGUAUUUUGCUGAUCUGGAAGCGCGCUUCCUCGACAUUUCAACACCCGUCUUCGGUACGAAUAUCGAAGAACCUCUGGGUUUGGGAUUCAACGAGUUGCAAUCCUUGACUCAACUGAUUUCACGGCUGCAUGUUUCCACUGCAAAUUUGGACUCAGCAUUGAAUCUCAUCGACGAAUGUUCCGAACUUUAUAAAUCGCAUUCCCAGCCAGUCGAGGCUCAGAAUGGAUACCACACUCUUAAAAAUAUUUCGCGGCAGUGCCGGUCCAACGCACAGAAUGCCAAGCAGCUGGAGAAGCGGAUAAAUUCAAUUUCACAACUGUUGACCGAUACUGUCUUGUUCCGGGAUCAGGUUGUUGCCAAGGAGCAAAACCAGAACAUGAUCCAGCUGAACAAGUCGGCCGUUUUCAUCACGACGCUGACUUUGCUCUAUCUGCCGGCGUCUUUCAUUGCCACAUUUUUCGGCAUGAACUUUUUCGAUAUGGAUAAAGAAAGCAACAGCAUCAUCGUAACACCCAUGAUAUGGAUAUUUGUGGUUUCCACGGUUGUCUUGACAGGUGCCACAUUUUCGAUAUACCAUUGGUUGCUUAACCACGACGGAAAGAUGUACCAAAGGCUGAUGCCGAAAUUUAUUGCUUUUCCGCGAUGGAGCACACAGACCCUGAGAAUGAGUUUAACAGAUGUUUCAAACAGAGACGUCGAGAUGCAUGCAUAUCAAGCCUAA